GAUCCUUACUAUAGAUUUAAUGAUCUGGCCUACAGAUGGAUCUCUUUGGAUAACUGGACAUAUAGCAGAACAUUCAAAGCUCCUUUGAAUAUCAGCACAUGGCAAAAAGUGAUAUUGGUUUUUGAGGGGGUAGAUACGGUAGCACAGAUUGUGAUAAAUAACGUAACUGUUGGAAAGACGGAUAACAUGUUCCAGACAUAUAAAUUUGAUGUUACUGAUGUGAUCAAGGAAAGCAACACAAUCCAAGUUCAUUUUUUGUCUGCUAUUUUAUAUGCUACACAACAAAGUAAAAUGCACCAAUCGUAUAAAGUGCCUCCAGAAUGUCCCCCACCUGUGCAAAAAGGAGAAUGUCACGUGAACUUCAUCAGAAAGGAGCAGUGCUCAUUCAGCUGGGACUGGGGUCCCUCUUUCCCCACUCAGGGUAUUUGGAAGGAUGUCAGAAUUGAAGCCUAUAAUCUUUAUCACCUUGUCUACUUCUCUGUGACUCCUUUCUAUGAGCGAAAUAUUCAUCAGUGGCACCUUCAGAUAGAGUCAAAGUUUGAUGUUGUCAGCAAAAAGCCAAUUGCUGGAUUUGUGGCUGUGGAUAUUCCUGAGCUGAGGAUCCAGCAGAUGUUCACUGGGAAACUUCUUCCUGGAGAAGGCACUAUUGUGUUGCUCGUAAAUGUCAGCAAGGUUUAUUUUCGGACAGUAGAACUGAUAGAGGAACCUAUUCCUGAUUCACCCGGUUUGAGUUUUUAUUUCAGAAUAAAUGGACGGCCCAUUUUUAUGAAAGGCUCUAACUGGAUUCCGGCUGAUUCUUUUCCUGACAAAGUGAACUCCAAAAUGUUACGGCUCUUAUUGCAGUCAACAGUUGAUGCCAAUAUGAAUAUACUUCGAGUUUGGGGAGGAGGCCUGUAUGAGCAAGAUGAAUUCUAUGAGAUCUGUGAUGAACUAGGAAUCAUGAUUUGGCAAGACUUUAUGUUUGCGUGUGCCCUUUAUCCAACCAACCAAGACUACUUAGACUCAGUAAGAGCCGAAAUUACUCAUCAGGUAAAGCGACUGAAAUAUCACCCGUCCAUCAUUUUAUGGAGCGGGAACAAUGAAAAUGAAGUUGCACUUUCCACCAAUUGGUUCUCCAUUCCAAAGGCACAGAUGAAUCUUUAUUUCAAAGAUUAUGUGACACUUUAUGUUGAUAAUAUCCGAGAAAUUGUUUUUGCUGUAAGUACCAACUUUUUUUCCCCUCUUAUGAGAUCUAAAAAGGGCCGGCAUUUUAGUUGGUUUUGUGUUCUGAUAAAUGAUGACUUUCCUUCAGAUUUUGGAAAUGAGUAGAUUGUUUUAAAUAAUUUUGCAAACAUUAAAGAUGCACUAGAUGAAAUCUGGAAACAUCUGUUUCCUUUGAGUCCUG